UGUUGGUAUCACCAUAAUAAUAAUCAUCAUCAUCAUCAUCAUCAUUGUCAUCAAUGGAGAACAGUUAUCAAGCUGUGCUGGCUGGGGAUACUGGGACCUGCUAUCCAAAGAAGAUAUUAUCCCUCUUUGCAAAAUACCAUGCAGAUCCAGAAUAGUUCUCUACAGUCACUUAUGGGCCCAGCGCCAAGACUCUACCCUUGGAAGACAAUCAUACUCAGCCAUGAGGGAUCGCCUGCAGUAUAUAGUUUUAUUUCCAUAGAAACCAAUUUCUGACCAUGUGAGGAUCUGUUAAAGAAUGCAUGUAAAGAAGAUUGAGAAGUGAGACAGGAAUUGAGAAGUAGCCGUGGGAGGAGGGAUCGGGUCAAAUGCGUUUCCAUGCCUGGUUUCUUUCUUAGCAUCCAUCCACCUCUCCUUGGAGACAGGACGGAAGUCAACAAAACCUCCAGAUAUUCUUAGGCUGCUGCUCCCAGCAUCCCAAGCUACUAUAGUAAGUGGUGAGGCAUGCUGGGUACUGCGGUUCAACAUCUAGAGGUCUCCAAGAUUGACAACCCUGCCAAUAGGAAACUCAUUUCUAUCAUAAUAGGACUUUGCAAACUCUAGGUUGAAAUUGUGAGAAGAAAAAAAACAUCUCUGCAUCACUCAUAAAUACCAGAACCAUCAUGGGCAAGCAGAUUUCCUUCUGCCCGGCGGCUGAAGGAGACCCUCAAGUCAACACCAACCCAGAGGCACAGCGCCGGCGCUUCAGGGAAUUUUGCUACAAAGAUGCCCAGAGCCCUCGAGAACUUCGCAACCAGCUCCACCACCUUUGCCAACAGUGGCUGGAACCAGAAAAGAACACAAAGGCUCAAGUGUUGGACCUGGUGGUCCUGGAGCAGUUCUUGACCAUCUUGCCUCCGGAGAUGGAGAGCUGGGUCAGGGAAUGUGGGGCAGAGACCAGCUCCCAGGCCGUGGCCAUAGCUGAAGGAUUCCUCCUGAGCCAGAUGGAGGAGGAGAAGAAGCAGGGGGAGGAACAAAUGAAGUUGGCGGGAGUUUUUCACAAGAGAGCGAUGACUGUGAUGGAUUCCACACAGGAGUCAUUGUUCAUGGAGAACCAACACAAGAAGGAUGGAACAGCCACUCCAUCAGGUGGAGGGAUGACCCAGCCAAUUCACAUCAGGCCCGCUCCUCUUCAUGAUGGAAUGCAAUCACUUGCUGUGUGGCUGUCAAAUCAGGAUCUCGUGUCCUUUGAAGAGGUGGCUGUGCGCUUCACAGAGGAGGAAUGGGCUCUUCUGUCUCCUGACCAGAAGACGUUGCACAGACAAGUGAUGGAGGAAAAUUCAAAGAAUCUGAUUUCUGUAGGAGAUUGGAGAAACAAUGAGAAAACCAAUCAGGAAAGAAAGAAAACAGAAGCCAAAGAGAAGAGGAGAAAGGAAUCCAUUGCUUCCGAAGGGGUUGAAUUUGAUAAUUGCACCGUGCUCGGAGAGCCUCACGAUGUUAAACCUGGAGAAAAAAGGAACAUCUUUCUUCAGUAUCCAAAUACAACCAGAGCAAUUCUUGGUACACACCCUAGGAUCCAGAGGGGGGAGAAACCAUAUAAAUGCUUAGAUUGUGGGAUGCGUUUCAGGUAUUCCACUCAGCUCAUAUCACACAAAAUAAUCCACACGGAAGACAAUCCAUUUAAAUGCUUGGAAUGUGGCAAGGCCUUCACUUGCAGUUCAAAACUCAGUUUGCAUAAAAGAAUCCACACAGGAGAGAAACCGUAUCAGUGCCUGGAAUGUGGAAAGAGAUUCACUUAUGGGUCAACAGUUCGAAAACAUAUGCGGGUCCACACCGGGGAGAAACCAUACACAUGCCCAGAUUGUGGAAGAAGUUUCAGCGAGAGCACAAAUCUCACACGGCAUCGCAGAAUCCAUAGGAAAGAAAAGCCAUUUUCCUGCUCUGAAUGUGGAAGGGGUUUCAGGUGCAGUUCAGAGCUGCGCUCCCAUCAAAGGACUCACACUGGAGAAAAGCCCUAUAAAUGCCCUCAGUGUGAGAAGACAUUCACUCACUACACUGGCCUUGCUUCUCAUCAAAGGAUCCAUACUGGAACAAAGUUGUACAAGUGUUCUGAGUGUACAAAGAGCUUCAGUUGCAGUUCGGCACUUAGUUUGCAUCAAAAAAUUCACACGGGAGAGAUGCCUUACAGAUGCUCCGAGUGUGGCACAAGUUUCAGGUGCAAUGCUCAACUGAACUCUCACAAGAGGAUCCAUGUCAAUGAGAAUCCGUACAAAUGCUUGGAAUGCGGAAAGCCCUUCACCUGCAAUUCAAAACUCCUUUUACAUCAAAGAACUCACACUGGGGAGAAACCAUUUCAGUGCACCGAGUGUGGGAAAAGUUUCAGUGACGGCUCGGCUCUUACGAAACACAACAGAAUCCACACGGGAGAGAAACCCUAUAAAUGCUCUGAGUGCGGAAGAAGCUUCUCCGACAGCCGAAACCUUGCAAGACAUUGUCGAAUCCACACACAAGAGAAACCUUAUAGCUGCCUUGAGUGUGGGAAGAGUUUCAGAAACAGUUCAGAGCUUUACUCACAUGAAAGAAUUCACACCGGUGAGAAGCCCUAUCAAUGCUCUGAGUGUGGGAAGAGAUUCGGUCACAGCAUGAGCCUUAAUUCUCACAAAAGGAUCCACGCAGAGAAGAACCCAUAUAAAUGCUUUGAAUGCGGAAAGCCCUUCCCCUGCAAUUCAAAACUUCUUUUACAUCAGAGAACUCACACAGGGGAGAAACCAUUCCAGUGCACAGAGUGUGGAAAGAGCUUCAGUGACAGCUGGGCCCUGACAAAACACAACAGAAUCCACACCGGGGAGAAACCUUAUACAUGUCCUGAGUGUGGAAGGAGCUUUGCGGACAGCCGAAACCUUGCAAGGCAUUGCCGAAUCCACACGGAAGAGAAACCGUACAGAUGUUUUGAGUGUGGAAAGAGAUUCAGAAGCAGUUCAGACCUUUACUCGCAUGAGAUAAUUCACACUAGCGAGAAGCCAUAUAAAUGCUUUGACUGUGGGAAGAGAUUCAGUCGCAGAAUGAGCCUUAAUUCUCACCAAAGAAUCCACACCGGGGAAAAACCAUACAAAUGCUUCAAGUGUGGAAACAGUUUCCGAUGCAGUUCUCAACUUUCCUUGCAUAAGAAGAAAUCACACUGGAAUGAAACUGUAUAAGGGGUCACUACAAAAAGAUCUUCUGGCCAAGGAAGGAAUUCAUCAUAGAAUCAUAGAGUUGGAAGUGACCACAUGGACCAUCUUGACCAACCCCCUGCCAUAUCAUUGUUGAAAAAUUCUGAGAUGACACUGAUUGUAAGAUGCACAUUAAUUUCAGUAGCAGCAAUUGACAAAUGUGAUACAGUAGAGUCUCACUUAUCCAACAUAAACGGGCCGGCAGAAUGUUGGAUAAGCGAAUAUGUUGGAUAAUAAGGAGGCAUUAAGGAAAAGCCUAUUAAACAUCAAAUUAGGUUAUGAUUUUACAAAUUAAGCACCAAAACAUUAUGUUAGACAACAAAUUUGACAGAAAAAGUAGUUCAAUACGCAGUAAUGCUAUGUAGUAAUUACUGUAUUUAUGAAUUUAGCACCAAAAUAUCAUGAUAUAUUGAAAACAUUGACUACAAAAAUGCGUUGGAUAAUCCAGAAUGUUGGAUAAGCGAGUGUUGGAUAAGUGAGACUCUACUGUAUUUAUAUAUACAAAAGCACCCAUAAAUCUAAGACACACCUAUUUUAGAGGUAUUUCUAUGGGCGAAAUAUGCAUCUUUGAAUGAAAGAAAUACCAUAUAUGUGCUUAGCUUCUGGUAGCUGAACAAAGGAUCUCCCCAGGCCAGGAUGUGAGGCUGGGAAGGCCAUUUAAUGCUAAUCAAGGUGAUUAAUUACAACAUUCACACUGGCCUCCAACAGACAAGAGCUCUUUCCCCCCACCCAGGAAUUUCCACAGAUAUAUAAACCUUCCUUACUUAGUUUCUCCAUACCUCACAACCUCUGAGGAUGCCUGCCGUAGAUGUGGGUGAAAUGUCAGGAGAGAAUACUUCUGGAACAUGGCCGUACAGCCUGGAAAACAUACAACAAUCCUGUGAUCCUGGCCAUGAAAGCCUUCGACAACAGAUUUAGUUAUAAUUCAUAUUACUGCUGACAUUAAAAAAAUUCACCUAGAAUUGACCCAUUUGAAAAUUUAGAUCUGGGUUGAACUUCAAAAUUGGAAUCAGGUCUUACUUUCACUUCACUUAUGUAGGAUGUGUAGACACAUCUCUUCAAAGUGGCCUUUUAAACUGUUGUGCAGAUUGAGCCAACUCGAUCUGGAAAUCUGAAUCCCACUACAAUUUUCUUUUGCUACCAGUUUCCCAUUUACAUGAAACACACACUGGGGAAGACUGUGUGAGCCUUUCUGUGCAUCAGAAACAGGUGAAAGCAAAGGUGAGGCCAACACGCCAAAGAGGAGGAGGAAGAGGAACCUGAAAUCUGAGUUCUUGGCUCUCCACUUUCUGGACUUUCCUGACAGAUAUGCAAAGAUGAUGGGACAAAGUUUGGAGAUGGAUGACGAGAAGAAAGAAGAAGCUACCAGCGCCAAAGAGGAGUAGGCGCAGUUGAGGGGUCUCCACUUUGUUAUUUUUUGUGUGUGUCAGGAGCAACUCAAGAAACUGCAAGUUGCUUCUGAUAUGUAAGAAUUGGCCAUCUGCAAGGAUGUUGCCCAGGGGCCACUCAGAUGUUUUUACCAUCCUUGUGGAAGACUUCUAUCAUAUCCCAUACAAAGAAAGGAUUCCCUGAAAUGCACAGGCAAGAGGCCACUAUAGCUAGAAAUGUAAUCCAAUAAUAUGAACUAUACAACAGUAAUUGGUGGUUAGGUAAGGAAUCAAACCAGUAGCAAACUCUCCUACCUCUGUAGGAGAGUUUAUGUAGGAGAGUUAUGUCCACUCUGUCAUUGAUAAUGACACAUUGAAAUUAAAUACUUGAAGAACGGAAUUGACUAGGUUCUCCAUACCUGCAUAACCACCACCUGAGGAAGACUACACAGUCGAAACCGGUCGUGGAUGGUGACUAACCUUGGACUUGUUUAAAACAUUGGAUUUCAUAAAAGGAUUCACUUACUUGGACGUUUAAAUUUGGACUCACAAUUAGUGACUUAUACAGUCCUCCAUGUGGAACAUGAACUCUGGUGGGCAUUGGACUCACAAACUCUGAAUAUAGAGUUUUACUUUCUAUGUAUGUAUGUGUGUUGGUAACACAUGGAUUAUAUUUUGGUUUAAUUACUGUUGUAUAGUUCAUAUUAUUGGAUUACAUUUCUAGCUACAGUGGCCUCUUGCCUGUGUUCUCUCAUAUCCCCACAUGGAGCUGGAGCUGAUAGAGCAGUGGUUCUCAACCUGCAAUCCCCAGAUGUUUUUGGCCUACAACUCCCAGAUAUCCCAGUCAGUUUACCAGUUGUUAGGAUUUAUGGGAGUUGAAGGCCAAAAACAUCUGGAGACACCAAGUUGAGAACCACUGUGAUAAAGGGAACUCAUCUGCGCUCUCCCCAGGUUGGGUUCGAACCAGCAACCUUCAGGUCAGCAACCCAACCUUCAAGUCGGUAGUCUUGCUGGCACAACCUACUGUGCCACCAGGGGCUCCAUUGCCACAGCUGCAAUUGAAACAUCAAACCCUGAAAGGAAUUGCUGCCACUGCCUUUGUUUCUGCUCUGGAGAGUUUCUUCUCUGUGGUCUGCUGAGACCAGGCAUGGUAGUAGGUUGGUCUGGGUAUCCUCUGUCCCCAGCCACUCAAGGGACAUUCUCAAGCAGGAGGAAGAGAGGGGUUGAUCGGUACGUGUCCUCUACGCAUUCUCCCUGCACUCGUGUCAUCCCCAUUUUCUCCUCAUUCCAGCCUCCACUUCUUUUUACUUCUUUUUAUUACUUCAGUCCUGCCCUUCACUCCUGUUUGUUCAUUCACAAGGUCACCAGAGAUCUCGUGUACAGUAUUAUAUUUUAUGUAUAUGCAAAUACAGGUGUUAUAAAAUCAGGGAAAAAAUGAAAUCCAAAACCCUUCUGAUGCCAAGUAUUUUAUGUAAGGGAUACUCAACCUGUACUCUUUAUUGACUAAUGUGAUGAUGUUUUGAUUUGGUUUGUAUGAUGACUUUAGUAGUCUUUUUGUAAAAUCUGUAUGUAAUGAUGAAUUGAUUUUUUUAAUGUGGUGGGAGAAGAUGUAUUAAGAUGAAUAAAUUCACAUGAUCUUUCA